AAGGUUUUCGUUGAUCCCACUGCAUUUGUCGAAGAGAAAGUGAAAAUAUCAGAACUAAGUGCUAAACUCGGCGACGCCGUUCCAUUCGAGAUUCGUCAUGAAGAAUUAAAACUCGGAUAUGAAAACUGGCAGAUCGAUGACGUUCUCAAAGCGGUCCUUCCAGAUGGUUUGUCGUUGAGUGCCCAUACAAUCGUAGGCCACAUUGCGCAUGUGAAUUUGAAGGCUGAACUCCUACCUUUCAGGUUUCUGAUAGGUCAAGUUCUGAUAGACAAAAUAAAACAAUGCUUGACGGUCGUUAAUAAGACUGACUGCGUAAAGUCACCAUUCAGAAAUUUGCAGUUCGAGGUGCUUGCCGGAGAAAAAAAGUACCUUACACGCGUAAAGGAAAACGGGGUUGCCUACGACCUCGAUUUUUCACGAGUUUUUUGGAAUAGUCGGUUGGGAACGGAACAUGAUCGGCUGGUACACUUAUUUGACCGAGAUGAUGCUGUCUUCGAUGUAUUUGCUGGGGUUGGACCUUUUGCCAUUCCGGCCCGGAAGCGUGGCUGUACUGUGAUCGCCAAUGACCUGAAUCCGGACUGCGUCAAGUGGUUGCGACACAACUGCGAAAUCAACAAAGUGCAUGUAGAGGUGCAUGAAAGCGAAGCCGACGAAUUCCUUACUAAACAAGUACCAGUCUACUUGAAGAAGAUGUUGUGUGAAGGCGAGGACCAUCCACAUCCAACGGCCAUCCACUUCAUCAUGAACUUGCCGGCUGCCGCAGUAACGUUUCUGCCGCUUUUCGUUGGCCUGCUCUCUGAUGUUUCCGAUGACUACAUGAAAAGAAAACCGAAGUUUUUCAUUCAUUGUUACACUUUCACCAACGCUGAUGAUUUCCAAGCCGACGGCAAGGAACAAGUAACAAAAGCUUUGAACGGAUGGACUUUGGAAGGCCUGUCGGUUUUCAGAGUCAGAGACGUUUCAACGAGAAAGAUCAUGCUCAGAGUCACGUUCCUCGCCUCUUGGCGAAUGUUGAAAGGUAGUAAAAGACGCGACAUUUAA